AUGUUCUACAGUCACGAGAUUCUUACAUCGCCCGAGCAUGGAGUCGCGACAAUCUGGCUCGUUGCAACGCUUGGAUCGCGCUCCAUCACGCGACGAUUAAAUCGCAAGGCCAUUCUUGACGUUGAUGUGCCUGGAGCUUGCAAUGUCAUUGUAAAUCCCGAAGCACCUAUGGCGUUGCGUCUCCAAGGAAACUUGCUGUUCGGCGUUUCAAGAGUUUAUCAUGAGCAGUGCGGAUAUACUCUCCUGGACGCGCAAUCCAUGCACGACAAGAUGAUUUCAUCCUUGAAGGUCUUACCAGGCGGAGGACUGGAUCCUUUUGCCGGGAAGACGAAACCUAGUACCCUCGUCCUACCAUACGAUCCGAAUUUCUUCCCUGAGACAAACCUCCCGGGCCUCAACAUUGACUUCAACAUGUUAGACCUUAUGCCCGACGAUAGCUCAAGCCAGUGGUCAGGUCUCUGGAGCAGGUCACCGGCCGGUAGCCGGUCGAGCGCAUCCCGAAUGAGCGUUCAUCUGCAGCUGGGCUCGGAUGAUUUACUUGAGGAUGGAACAAUCAUGUUUGGUGAAGCGGCCCGAAAACAUGGACUCCCAAUGAAGACGGGGCGAGAUCGUCUUGGAGAUGAAGAGGGCGUCUUACUUCAGCCGGAUUUUGAGUUCAAUGAGAAUGGGGAGAUUGUUGAGUUUGAUGCUAGUCAUCUUUCGCCGAGGAAGAGACGGAAGUACAACGUGGUGGAAGGAGAGAAGAAUAAGGGCCUCUCUGGUGAUCAGACUGGAGAGAUGGAUGUCGCCGAGGAGAUUACUAUCAGAGAUGAUGGGACAAUGGUGAUCGAUACCCACACAAGUCAUCAUAAGACUAUGCUUUCUGUGGAACAUGGUCUUAACCUGAGCAGACCAGUUGAACAUGAAGAAAUUGAGCCCAUCGUGGAGCGUCAGGCACGCCAGUACAAUCGAGUGGUCCGGCCCAUCGACCCCGACGACAGCACAACUCUCCGCAAUACAGACCUUGCGCGAUGGAAUAACGAGUAUUCUCAAAACAUGGCACUCGCAUCGAAGCAAAAGCAACAAAACAAAUUACAGACCGCCGUGAAGAAGAACGCCGCAUUCUGGGUGUUUGGUCAAGGAAUCGGAUCCGUAGGAAUCGGAAUAGGGUCCCAGCGCGAAGACCACCCACUGAAAUGCUUCUCAGGAGAAGAGCUCUACGACGCAUUGCACAGCAAUACCAAUCAACUUGUAGCCCAAAAAGACCUUCGCAAGCCCGAAAGCGAUACAGACACCGAGACAGACACAGAAAAGCAGCGACGCGGCAGCCCCGGAAAAGGAAUGAACUCAGUAGAUAUCGAGAUCGGCCGUCACGCACCACCUAGUCUAAUGGAUGAACACUCCUCCCAAAUGCCAUGGAACAUGACCUCAGUGCAGAGCUCCCGACUCGGUCGCCUAGAAAGCAUGAGCGAACUUUCCGCGAAAUUCCCCGAUUCCCGCGGCACCCGACGAGGCCGCCUCACAAGCGCCAGUCCACUCGCCGGCCGUGGAUACCGCGACAGCAUCUCCGCACUAGGCGACUUCGACGUUCUGGAUGAAGAUCUCGAAAUCUCCCGAUACCUCGAAGCUGAACUUGCUACUGACAAAGAAGAUAUUACGACGCUGUCGCGACGGGCAUCUGCUUCGGCCUUCCAACGUGUCGUAGCACAGCUUGAUCAGGAGAGUGUGAAUUUCUUUGAUUACAUUCAAGUUGUGAUGGGGGCGAAUGGUGGAAAGGAAGUCGCGUUUUCGGAGCUUCUUCCGCAUGUGAAGACGUCGAGGGCUGUCGCUACGCAAGGACUUAUGAAUGUGCUUACACUUGGUACUAAAGGCGUUUUGACUGUUUGGCAGGAGCCGUUUCAGGUUGAGGGGGUUGAGGGAUGGGGAGCGACAUAUGAUUAUGGGGAGAUUAUUAUGCGGAUGAAGUAG